ACUUCGACUCCACUUCUCUCUCUGUCUCCCCCUCUCUCUCUCCCUCUCUCCCUCUCUCUCUCUCCCUCCCCUAAUAUCUUCAUCUGAUGACCACGUGGCCUGCUGUGACGACAGGAGCGGCACGUGCCGACUAUAAAACUACGGCCCGACCCGAGUCGCGUGUCACACACUUAUUACGGACUGGGGCAAGCAGAAUCGCGUUACGAAACAGUUUCAGAUGCGACACUAACAAAACACAACUGAUUCACACAAAACUAUAUAUAAAUAUUAUACACACACACACACACUGAUAUUAUACACACACACACAGAGUAAAGUAGAUUCUCAACUUCAAAGGCGGCACUAUUUUAUAAGUGUUACAUAUAUAGACACACCAACAUACAAACACACACACUCACACACACAGACUGAUACGCACACAUACACACGCGCCGGCGCGUAUGUAUUCACAGCCCUUUUCCCCCUGAAGGUGUCCCCAUCAAAGUACUUUUGCCAGAGUUUGAACCCAAAUAUUUUUUAUAGUUGUUUUUUAGUUAUUUUUAUUUUCAUUUUGUGGACAUUAUUUCGUUUAUUGUUUUGUUUUAUUUGAUUUUUUUUUUUUUUUUGCCAAGAAUCAAAACCAAAAAAUAAUGGUAAAUCCCUUGGGAUUAAAGACGGAACGGAAAGGAAAGUCGAAGGAAUAAAGUAAAUAAUAAGGAAAGGAAAAAAGAAAUUGAAGAAGAUUCUAAAUUAGAAAGAAAGAAAGAAAGAAAGAAAGAAAGAAAGAAAGAAAGAAAGAAAGAAAGGAAUACUAGAUAGAAAAGAAAAAAAAAAGUCUUCUAGAACAAAACUAAUUAUCAAAAUAACCACAUAUUUAGAAUAUUUAAAUUCCAUGUCUACAUUUUUUUAGUUGUUUUAGCUUUUUUUUUUAAUUCAAUUUAAUUUUUUAAUCUUUUGUUUUUUUGUAUAAUUUCCUUUUGUCGUCUGCAGCUAAAUUCUAAUUUCUUGCUAUUCCUUGUAAAUUGAUAUUGCAGACGAUGUCGUUAUAACAUUGAUACCCAACCAAUAUAUACACAAACAUAUAUAGACAUACGAUAUAUAUAUAUAUACAUACACACAAAUACAUAUAUAGACAUACAGAGAUUAUACAUACGCGCAAACGCAUUUAAAUACACAUAUAUAUAUAUGUUAAUAGUUUGAACUUUCAUGUCUCUUAUAUAAACAUGUUGCAUAAUAUAUGUUUAAUUAUUAUAUAAAUAUAAAUUAUUUGCUCCCUCUCUCCCUCCCUCCCUCUCUCUCCCACACACACAUACACACUCGCACACACAUACACACUCGCACACACAUACACACUCGCACACACGAGACGACCAGUUAUAAAAAGAACCUAAAAGACACUGAGAGGCGAGAAGAUGUUCAUGAUGGAAAACUAUUUGUGCGGUUUCGAGAAAGAACUGCUUGACUUCUGCUAUGAGAGCGUCGGUUCAUACGACACCGGAUUUGAAGACGAUUUUCUGGAUGAUUCGCCCUUCGGUUCAAAUGGGGAGGAGAACGAUUGCUCGGAUUUAGAAAACAGUCUGCAGACUUACGCUUCUUUGGAUGACGGAUACUCGGCUUUUAUCGAAAGAACCAUCGAUGUCGGCGUGGCCAUUGGCGGCGGUGACGUCGAUGGAGGAGAGGAAGAGGACGAAGACGAAGAAGAGAUAUCCGGGCAUAGAAAAGCUGGAUUCGGACCACUCCGAGGAAAACCGGUUCGGAAAGCGCUGCAGCGACGGGCGGCGAACAUGCGCGAGAGGAGACGGAUGAAGUCCAUUAAUGAUGCUUUCGACAAACUGCGCACGUGCAUACCGGACACAGUGACCACGGAACGACGUCUGUCGAAAGUGGACACGCUCCGGCUGGCCAUACGUUACAUUGAGUACUUGAGUGACUUGGUGCAGAGCUGCAAUGAGUAUGGGACAGACAAAAGGAUGGCGAAGAGUCCACGGCAUCAGGAAAAGGUUAUCAUGUGGUGCCACCUAACGACACAAACUGGAGAUUUAUUCAGUGACUGUUGGCCAGAGACAGAACUUGUGGGACACUCUUUGUCGUGGGAAAAGGAAAGCGCCCCGAAACUGUCCAAAGACAAAAAACACACGGCUCGUACGUGGCAUCCAGAAAUCCCGAACGCAACAGAUUUCGUCAAUCUAGCAAGCUAUGGAAGCUGA